GCUUGCUAUGCUCUACGCAGGCUUUUGGGUGUGCGAGUGUGCAAUAUUCGUCGGUAUUCUCUUGUGCUCACUGAGCCAUUUCCCAGCUUUCUUUGUCUCUCUUCGUCGCUUCCUCUACACCUCUUGAAUAACCGCUGCCUCUACCACUAACUGCAAACUGCUACAACUGCUCACUGCUCCAACUUCUCAGCUCCCACAACUCCAUGCCUGCUUUCUACAUCGCGCCUGUGGCGCUUGGUGUCGCCCUUACCAUCGGCAUUUCCCUAGCCCUUUACGAAAACAAAGAAUCAAUAAAGGAAUCCAUAUCCAACACCGUUGACGACUUUAAAUUCACCUACAACUUGUUAAAGAAAAGGAGAAAUGACAGGUUACAUUCAGAUAAUAUUAUGAUUAGCGCCAAUGGUCCUAACACCCCAAACUAUCCAAAUUCCCAACGUUCUUCAAACGACAAUUACAACAAUCUUAACACUCUCGAUACCAGUAAUAUCUACCACCAUGAUAACGAUAGCCCAACUGAUACCGAAAAUCCCUUUUCUGACGCUUCCACCCACUCCCGUGGUCUCGCACGCAAGCUUUCUGGAAAUUAUAUCACCGGUAACGUCAGCCAAAUUUCUACCAACCAAAAUCACAUUGCCGAUUACAACCAUCUUGCCACCUCUGAUGACAACAACAACAAUAAGGACGACUCAGACGAUGAUAUCUACAAUUCUCAAAGAAUCGCCCUUUUAGAAAAUAAUUCCCAAUCUUAUUCAACCGCUUCAAUCUUCAAUAACAACGCUAACACCGCUAUUAUCACAAAACUUAACAAAACACAUACAAACGAUUCUCACAUUUCCCAUAAUUCUUCGCUUUUGUCAAACUCAACAACAUCCUGGAAUCUCAUAAAUCAAGACAACCACCUAAUUGAUCAUGACACUGAAUCCGAAACUGCCUCAAUCAUCAAUUCUGUCUCUUUUUCCGAUUCGGAUGUGGAUUACAACCAUAUUCAAACUCACAAUAUCAUUGCCAGAAAUUCAAAAAAAUUAAUCUAAUUCCAUCUCUCAACUCGUUUUUUCUCCUUUUUUUUUCUUUAUUUCGUUUUAUCUCUCUCUUACGCGUUUUAUUUUUUGUUUUCUUGUUUUCUUGUUUUCUUUCCAUUUAUUUCUUUAUCCUGUUGUUUUGGUCAUACUCUAAUUUCUCUCUCUUAUUUUUACUUUUACUCAUACUCCUUGGAAUCUUCAUUGCUUAUUUCAAUACACACUUUAUUUCACCUAUUCUUAAUUAAAUACAUCUCUCUUUCUCUCUAUAAAUAUUAAUAAAUAUAUAAUCACGUGGUCGGGCUUUUUUCCUUUCAUUUUUCU